AUGGCCACAGAAGUCCCUGUGAACGUAGCCGCCCCCGAGUGCAGCACUGUUAUCAGCACCGCAGCCGACGGCUUCAUUUGGGAACCAAACAUGCACGUGAUAAGGCCCAAGUCUGCCAAGGGACGCACACGGCCGAGUCUACGCAAACCCCAGGGCACGGGUGUGUGCUCUCACUGCGCACCAUCCUCUCCGCCUCCCGCCAUUCCCUGCGAGUCGCCAAGCAGCCAGAAACCAGGAGCCUGCGUGCCCAGGUCUCCAAACCAGGGAGCUUCCGAUGAGGUCCCUGAGCUGCUGCAGCAGAUGCCCGUAGGGGCUUCCUCUUCCCUCAACAAAUACCGGGUCCUUCCUUCCAUCAACAGGAAGACCCUGGAGGAGGGGGCUGUGGAAACAGUGGCCAAAAAGGCCAGCUCACUGCAACUGAGCAGCAUCCAGGCUCUGUACCAAGAGGAGACCUGCACCAUGAAGACAAGCCAAGAAGACUCCAGAGCUCCAGUUUGUUCCCCGGAGAGGAAACUCAUCAUCCAAACCAGGAGACAGAGCUCCUCCAGGGCCAGAGUCCUGGAGGAGCCAUCAGAUCAAGAGCCGCGGCUGCUGCUCGCUGUCAGAUCACCGUCAGGCCGAAGGUUCACUCGCCAUUUCCGGCCAACUGAUGACUUACAGACCAUCGUGGCUGUGGCCGAACACAAGAACAAGGCCACCUACGGGCACUGCAGCAUUGAAACGAUGGAGGUGCCCAGGAGACGUUUCUCCGACCUCACCAAGUCUCUGCAAGAGUGCAGAAUCCCUCACAAGUCGGUGCUGGGCAUCUCUCAGGAGGACAGGGAGCGGCGGGUCUGA